AUGGAUACUUCACCACAAGUUGCUUCACAAAAUGUUGUUCGAACAACAACACGACAUUUUGUUGAUGAUACCGAUUCAUUUCUCCUGCUUCUAAUUAUUAUUUGGAUGAUCAUUUUUCUUUCAUCACCUUUUUUUCCACGACAAAAUCAACAUCUACACGCGCACUGUGCAACGAUUAUGGCGAUUAUCAUCGCAGUUUGCACGUAAGUUUCAAAAUUUGAACUUAUAAGAUUUGUUUGACGCAAAAAACACAAGUUUUUAGGCAAAAUUUGGGUAGAAAAUUCAAAUUUUUCUUGAAACUUGACCUGAUUAGAGUCUAAUUAGAUUAGACUAAUUUUUGGGUUUUGUUGCUAAAUUUUAGAUUCAGGGUCCGAAAAUUCAGAUUUUUCUAGAAUUUUAAUCUAAUUAUCCUAAUUUUUGGGUUUUGUUAAUAAAUAUUAGGCUUAGGGCCGGAAAAUUCAGAUUUUUCUUGAAAUUUGACCUGAUUAGACUAAUUUUUGGGUUUUGUUCCUAAAUUUUAGAUUCAGGGCCCGAAAAUUCAAAAUUUUCUUGAAAUUUGAUCUAAUUAGCCUAAGCCUGAUUAGAGUCAGAUUUCGGGCUUUUUCAUGAAUUUCAGGCCUGAAACCGGUGUUUUCUUCAAAAUUUAAGGAAAACAAUUUUUGCAAUUACAGUAAUGCUCAAUAUGCUAACGAAAUCUCCGAAAAUAUGCUCGAAUAUCUCGAAGUUAUUCUACCGAUAAUGACACUAUAUUUGAGUAUGGAAAUGGAUGCAGCCUCUCGUAGAUCAAAUCUUCCUGCAACUUCGCAACAAAAUGAGGAGACAAAUCAUUAA